UGUUUCUAAUCCAAUAAAUGGACGAAGAAUAGACAAUUCAAUACUAAAACCCUAACUUGACAUUUUUGUAGGACAAACCCCUUUGACAAAAAAAAAAUGUUUAUUUUACAAAAGUUUUGAACUUUUUCAGUUGGGGAAAUAAAAAGUUCCGGGAUUUAAAUACCAACUCUGUUCCUUUACAUUCUUCUUCUUCUUCAUUUCUGUGACUAUGGCGGCAGCUACUCUUCGGAAAUUUUCAUCCAACUCUAUACGUAACUCUCUUCAAGGAAUCUUUUUGAGCAGACCCUUUAUCCGGAAACAGCUUCUUCUUCCUUCGAGUUCUCAAAGUUUAUCUUUUUCCUCAGAUAGUCACUUUGGCUCUGCGUCUACUGAUGUUUCUUCGUAUGCAGGAUCAGCGACAAAUGGUGGUAUUAUCAGUGAAGGGUUUCUAAGAUGGAGAAAUGGAGGAGGGACAUGUCACCGCUCGGCUGUUAUUGAUUCCUCGGCUUUGGUUGAGGUUGGUGCUGUAGUUCAUGAAAAAGCAGUCUUAGGUGCAGAGGUUCAUGUAGGAUCUGGCACUGUACUUGGACCAUCAGUUGAAAUCGGUCCUUCCACAAGAAUCGGAUAUAAUGUUUCAAUUAACAACUGUAGUAUUGGUGAUUCAUGUGUGAUCCACAAUGGAGUCUGCAUAGGUCAAGAUGGCUUUGGUUUUUAUGUUGAUGAACAUGGAAACAUGGUGAAGAAGCCUCAAGCAUUAAACGUGAAGAUAGGGAAUCGUGUAGAAAUUGGAGCAAAUACUUGCAUUGAUCGAGGCAGCUGGAGAGAUACAGUAAUCGAAGAUGACACUAAGAUAGACAACUUAGUGCAGAUAGGUCAUAAUGUGAUCAUAGGAAAAUGUUGCUUGCUUUGUGGUCAAGUAGGCAUAGCUGGUUCAGUAACAAUUGGUGACUAUGUGGCUUUAGGAGGACGAGCAGCUGUUCGAGACCAUGUCUCCAUUGUAUCCAAGGUUCGACUCGCAGCUAAUAGUUGUGUUACUAGAAACAUCAGUGAGCCAGGGGAUUUUGGAGGCUUUCCUGCUGUUCCAAUUCACGAAUGGAGAAAGCAGAUUGUUCGAGCUCAGAUAUCGAACAAGAGAAGAACCUAAAUCGAUCUAGUCAAAUGUAUUUGUAUAAUGUCACUUCAUUUGAUUUUCCUAAACUAAAUUUUGCUU